AUGGCGGAGUUACCUCUUCACAUCAUUGAGAACAUACUCUUGAGAUUACCAGUCAAGUCUCUGAUCCGUUUCAGGUGCGUUUGCAAAGCUUGGCGCACAUUAAUUUCCCAUCCCCAUUUCGUUAGAAGUCACUUCCGACUACCACAAACCCAAGCUAGAACUCGGUUAUGCAUCAUAGACUAUAGCGAACGUGGCGACAAUCAUUCUAUGGUAGUUCGAGCCUCUACCAAAGACUGUGAAGCAUUUAGCGAUAAUGACGGUGGGUCAUUGGCUUUUGAUUAUUUAUUUGAUAUUGGAAAAUUUAAACACGAAGUCGUUCUUCUGGAUUCCUGUGAUGGGUUAUUGUGUAUAGCUGAUUUGGCGAAUAAGAUUGUCUUAUGGAACCCAUCUACCAGACAAUUCAAUCAAUUACCACCAAAUCCUAACGUUGUGGAUUUUGUUGGUUGCCAUGGAUUUGGGUAUGACUCCUCUGCCGAUGACUACAAGAUAUUUGUUGUUUCCAUGCUCGAUCCUAACAUUGAGACUGGUGGAUGUUUUCUCGCUGAAAUCCAAUAA